AUGGCCUCCAGCUUCCUCGACGCGGACGAGGCGUCCCCAGCGGGCUUGACAGACUUGUGCCUCACCUUUGUGAGCCAGAACCUGGAGUGCUUGUGCGUGAAGCGUGCCGACGGGUCCUUGUGCUUCAGAGAGCCCGUGCUUUUCCCUCAAGAGCUCGCAGAUCAGCUUCUUGCCAAAAUGGCAACUGAAGGUCUGCUGAACGACAGUACAGUUGGCGUGUUCCGGAACUGCGAGUACCUGCGACUGAGACGGGCUUGUGUCCGCACAGCACGCAUAUCCGCUGAGGCUUUCCAGAAAGCCCUCUGUCCUCACAGGCUGUCAGAGCUGGACGCCGCUCGGGUCAAUGCCGAUCUCACCAUCUCAGACAUUUUGCACGGGUUGGCAACAAAUAAAUACUGUCAGGAAUCACUCCAGCGAUUGGUGCUGACAGGCCUCACCAUGUCGUCCUUGGAGGAACCAAGCCACCACGGCUUCAGUGCCCUGCAGGGACUGCGCUCACUUUCUUUGGCCAACGUUGACUUCUACGACUCAGGUCUGGCCGACGUGUGCUCCUUGCCACGUUUGGAGAGCCUGGAUCUGUCCAACACGUCUGUCACCAACCUGAACCCACUGCUGGGCCUGAAGGAGAGGCUGCGCUCACUCACGCUCCACCAGCUGAAGAGGCUGGAGAUGAGCACCGCACAGUUGCUGGGUGUCAUUGGACAGCUGGAUGUGUUGCAGCACUUGGACAUAAGCGAUGACAAACAGUUCACCUCCGACGUUGCUCGUCAGCUACUGGGUCAACCUGGUAUACUACCAGCUCUUGUUUCACUAGAUGUGUCUGGAAGGAAACAGGUGACGGAUGCUGCUGUGAGGGCGUUUGUGGACGAGAGACCGCAAAUGACAUUUGUGGGACUCCUGGCCACGGAUGCCGGUUUUUCUGACUUUCUCUCUGGAGACGGAAAUCUAAAAGUAACAGGUGAAGCCAAUGAAACUCAAAUCUGCGAGGCGUUACGCCGCUAUAGCGAGCGGGAGGGCUUUGUGAGAGAGGCGCUCUUUCAUCUUUUCAGUCUCACACACGUCAUGGAGAAGCCUCGACCUGACAUUUUAAAGCUGGUUGUUCUUGGCAUGAAGAACCACCAGGCCACGCUCAACGUUCAGCUGGCAGCGAGCGCCUGUGUUUUCAACCUAACCAAACAGGACCUGGCUGCCGGGAUGCCGGUGCGCCUGCUCAGCACUGUCACUCAGCUACUUCUGGAGGCUAUGAGGACAUUUCCUAAUCACCAACAGUUGCAGAAGAACUGCCUACUGUCUCUCUGCAGCGACCGCAUUUUACAAGAGGUGCCAUUUAACAGGUUUGAGGCAGCUAAACUAGUAAUGCAGUGGCUGUGCAAUCAUGAGGACCAGAAUAUGCAGAGGAUGGCUGUGGCUAUCAUUUCCAUUCUAGCUGCUAAGUUGUCCACAGAGCAAACAGCUCAGCUGGGAGCAGAGUUGUUCAUAGUCAAGCAACUGCUCCACAUUGUGCGUCAGAAGGCCACUCAGGGCAUGGUGGACGCCACGCUUAAAUUCACCCUGAGCGCACUCUGGAACUUAACGGACGAGUCACCGACUACCUGCCGCCAUUUUAUUGAGAACAAAGGCCUGGAUCUGUUCAUUAAAGUUCUAGAGUCCUUCCCUAAUGAGUCCUCCAUUCAGCAGAAGGUUCUGGGCCUGUUGAACAACAUUGCGGAGGUUGGCGAGCUGCACAGUGAGCUGAUGGUGAACACCUUCCUGGACCACAUUAGGACUUUACUGCACAGCCCUGAAGUAGAGGUUAGCUACUUCGCAGCUGGAAUCCUGGCACACCUGACAUCACGGGGGAAAGACGCGUGGACGCUUGGGCCGGAACUCAGGUCCUCCCUACUGGAGCAGUUGCAUGACGUCAUCAUGAAGUGGCCCGCGCCAAACUGCGAGAUGGUAGCCUACAGGUCGUUUAACCCCUUUUUUCCCCUACUGGAGUGCUUUCACACGCCGGGUGUCCAACUCUGGGCUGCUUGGGCCAUGCAACAUGUCUGCAGCAAGAAUGCCGGGCGCUACUGCAGUAUGCUGUUGGAGGAAGGUGGCCUGCAGCAGUUGGAGCGCGUACACGCCAACCCACAAACGCACCCGGAUGUCGGGCAGCUGACCGAGAGCAUAUUGGAAAGCCUGGAACGCCACCAGGCGCGCACUGGACAGCACACCGCCGCCCGCAUGCCACCUCAACAAUAA